AUGGGUGAAGCAGACAGAAUCGGGCCUAAUAUGAGCCCCAAGCAAACCAUGGCCGACCGGGCCAACCGUCUGCGCAAGACCUUUUUCACCAAGAACGGCCUCAUCGGAACGUACGACUACGCCUUUCUCUUCCGCCCAAACAUUCCCUUCCUCAAGAGGCCUCGUCGCGCGAGCCCCUUCUUCGGCCUGAACGAUCCCAUGCCCGUCGUCCUGGCAUUUUUGCUCGGCUUCCAGCACGCCCUGGCCAUGUUGGCGGGUAUCAUGACUCCCCCCAUCAUCCUGGCCGGCCAAGGGGGUGCCAACCUGACGGUCGACUACCAGCAAUAUCUUGUCUCGACCUCGUUGAUCGUGUGCGGCAUUCUCUCAGCCAUCCAGAUCACGCGCUUCCACAUCUACAAGACUCCAUACUACCUUGGAACCGGCUUGAUCUCGGUCGUCGGCACCUCUUUCGCCAUCAUCCCCGUGGCCCAGGGUGCCUUCAACCAGAUGUAUUCGAACGGCUUCUGCCCAGUCGACGCAGACGGCAACAGACUCCCUUGUCCUGAAGCUUAUGGUGCCCUGAUUGGAACCUGUGCCCUCUGCGCCUUGAUUGAAGUCGCCAUUUCCUUCAUGCCACCAAAAGCUCUCCAGCGCAUCUUUCCUCCCAUCGUGACCGGCCCCACCGUCAUGCUCAUCGGCGUCCACCUGAUCCAGAGCGGCUUCCAGAACUGGGCUGGUGGCAGCGGUCUCUGCGACACACUGCCCGAUGAUGGAUUUUUCAGGCUCUGCCCCGAUAUCACCGCGCCUCACGCUCUCCGCUGGGGCAGUGCCUCUUUCAUCGGCCUGGGCUUCCUCGUCUUUCUCACCAUCAUCCUGGCCGAACGGUUCGGCUCUCCGAUCAUGAAGUCCACCAGCGUCAUCAUCGGCCUUUUGGUGGGCUGCAUUGUCGCGGCCGCGUGUGGGUAUUUCGAUGACUCCGGCAUCAAGAGUGCCCCGGUGGCAUCUUUCAUCUGGGUCAAGACGUUCCCUCUCAAGCUGUAUGGACCACUGGUCUUACCUGUCUUGACCGUCUUCAUCAUCUGCGCCUGCGAAGCAAUUGGUGAUGUGACUGCCACUUGCGAUGUGUCCCGUCUCGAUGUCGAAGGCCCCGAAUUCGAGUCCCGUAUCCAGGGUGGCGUGUUGGCGGAUGGAUGCAACGGCAUUCUCGCUGCUCUGAUGACCAUCACUCCCAUGUCCACCUUCGCCCAGAACAACGGUGUCAUUGCACUGACGCGCUGUGCCAACCGCAAGGCCGGAUACUGGUGCUGCUUCUUCCUCUUCAUCAUGGGUCUCUUUGCCAAGUUCUCGGCUGCCCUGGUCGCCAUCCCGAGCGCAGUGCUCGGUGGCAUGACCACUUUUCUCUUCUGCUCCGUCGCGGUUUCCGGCAUGGCCAUUGUCAACCGAGUCCCAUUCAACCGCCGCACCCGAUUCAUCCUCACAGCCUCGCUCGCCGUCGGCUUCGGCGCCACAUUGGUGCCCACCUGGUUCGAGAACGUCUUCACGUACCAGGGCAACAACCAUGCUCUGCGAGGUUUCUAUGAUGCCAUCGUCCUGGUCAUGGAAACGGGCUUUGCCGUUACCGCCUUCAUCUCUAUGAUCCUGAACUUGACCCUGCCCGACGAGCUCGAGGAUACCCCUGAAGAUUUCGAGCAUGAUGAACUGGCAGAGCACAAGCGAUCUGACACUCCCAGCUCUGUCGGCGAGCCAUCCUCCAAGGUGCAGGACCAGCCUUCGAAGGAAAUGGUGUAA